AUGAACAAUCAGCCUCACGUUUUAGCUUAUGCGCUUCAUGAAACUGAAGGUAUUCCAGAAAGGUUUGCAGAACUCAUCAAGAAACAUUUCAACAUCAUAUACUAUGAAGAAUUCCUGAAAAAUGAAAAAGAACUUGCUGAGAAAAUCCAGUUUAUUUUUUGUUGGAAACACUAUCCCAUAAUAGAUGAAAAGCUUCUGAAAUCUCUACCUAAUUUGAAGGUCAUUAUAAAUUAUGGAGUCGGUGUGGACCAUCUCGACUUAACUCUGAUCAACAGUUUUGGGGUGAAGGUGGCCAACACUCCUCAUGUGGUGGACAAUGCUACUGCUGAAAUGGGCAUGGCGUUAAUGUUGGCAUCUGCCAGGAAUAUAUUGGAAGGUCAGAAGAUUACAACUUCCCCAGACACUAAAAUGUACCCUUUGAGUUGGUACGGAGUCGAAGUGACUGGAGCCACUCUUGGGAUCAUUGGAAUGGGACGGAUAGGAUACAAAGUCGCUCAAAGAGCCAAAGGAUUUGAGAUGAAAAUUCUGUAUCACAACAGGAACAGGAGGACUGAGGAAGAAGAGAGGCUGGUUGGGGCUUGUUACUGUGCAAAAAUUGACGAUCUCCUGCUGAAGUCAGAUUUUGUGAUGAUAGUAGUAAGUUUGACUCCUCAAACUUCCAAAAUGAUUGGGGAAAGAGAGCUCAGUCUAAUGAAACCCAACGCUACUCUUAUUAAUAUCUCCCGUGGUGGAGUGAUUGAUCAGGAUGCUUUGGUGAAAGCACUUCAGAAUGGGGUUAUUCGUGCAGCAGCACUAGAUGUCUCUGAACCAGAGCCCCUUCCGAGGAAUCAUCCUUUACUACACCUACCAAAUGUCAUUCUGACUCCCCACAUUGGAGGUGCUACUGAAAAGACCACUCGUGAAAUGCUGGAGAAAAUGAUUGAAAAUGCUGUGGCUGCUGUUCGUGGAUUUCCGAUGCCUGACGAAGUGCUUCUGUCAUGAUGGGUAUAAGCAGUAG